AUGAAACAAUACAAGUAUGUUUCACUUGCGGAGUUGGAUGAAUUAUCAGAUACAACUAACGAGAAUUUCAAGGUUAACAUAUAUGCACUUGUAGUCGAUGUGAAAAUACGUUCACAACCAACAAGCGCGUCAGAAGAUACUCCUGUUAUUACGCAAUUGGAAUUACGUGAUCGUAGCUCGGAUAUCAGUACAACUUGUGUCAUUUAUAGUGAUUCAGUAGAAGGUUUCUCGGAUCAGAUACAAAAUGGUCAAAUCAUUCGAAUGCAUCGUGCAAAAAUCAAAAAAAAUACAGAUGGAAAGUUAGUUGUCUAUGGAAAGCUUAAAGUGACCGGUUUUGCUGUUCUUCUCUUCAGUGGAGAGCUUGGCGAUACUUUUGCUCCUGUCUAUCAGUCAUCAGCAACGUUUACUUUAGUAUCAAAUUACGAAGAGAUGAUAAGUUCGUUGCGGAUGUUAUCAGUAAGUAACCAACUGAUGACAAUACCAAUAGCACCGCUGAAUUCAAAUUUAGGACAUAUCAAUGAGGGGGAAAUAAAUGAAAUAAUUAAAAAUGUGAACGUUCUUCGCUUGAAUGAGCUUGUUUUGGGUGGUUAUGGUGAUAUUGUCGUCCAGGCAGUAUCUCUAUUUAUUGAUGAUCGAAACUGUGUGAUAUUGCGUUGUUGGGAUACCACUUUACCAUCAAAGAAAAUAUUUAUGUUUAAUGAUGAUGUGAUUACCGAAGUAAUAUAUCAAGAUGAAAAAAUGGAAAUGAUACCGAUAGACUAUUGUUGUGAUAUAGUGUUAUAUGAAGAGCAUGCUAAUUUCGCUCGAAAUAGUGUAAAGUGUGGUGAUGUCCUACUGCUUAUCAACACUCAUUUAUACUACUCAAAGGAUAAUGUUACUCUAGUAAUGCAUAAUGGUGGUCAACAUUACAAUAGGUCAAUUGUCAUUCUUGACGCUAAUAGCAAUUUGAAGCGUGACCUUUUGCGUAAUAUUGAUGACUUCAAUACACAAAUUGAUACUGAAGAUAGAAGAAAUGUCGAAGACAUAGAACAACAUCCAUAUACGAGCUUACAGCAAGUCAUUCCAACACCAUCACUUGACGAAUUGAAUGAUUUUGAGAAUGAACAAAGAGAACUGUGGAAAUAUUGGGCUGGAGAACGAAUGCGACAAAUUCACGCUUUACAGUUAGCAUGGAUUUAUGCUUAUGCUUGCAAAAAAAAAGAGAAUAAGAAUGCGCAACUUCAGCGACCGUUUCAUUUAGCAACGACGGCAGUGCAAUUCAUUGUUCAACAAACUCUUAAACGUCUUUUUAGAUAUAAUAAAGAUCUCUUCGUAAAUUUCACGAAGUUAUCACGUAACCAACGGAAUACCAUACUUAAGAAUUUCUUGCUGACAUAUAUGGAGGGAGUAUACGACGACGGAAUAAUUUUGAAGCUAACAAAUGAAACAACUGGCGAAGAUAAACAAUCGGAUAACAAAGAUUUAAAAGUGAUAGGGGAUGAAAAUUCAAGUGAUGAUUAUGCAUGGAAUUUGUUGUGCAAUUUAUUGCCUGGAACAAUUUUGAAGUUUUCAAGUUGGCAAGUUACUUUCUCGUACAAUGAAAAGACGAAGAUAUUGUUUGUAUUGAUAUGUCAUAGAUGUAAUCUGUGGUGCACAACAUCAGCUAAAAAUUUUGAUAUGACGCCAUUAUGUCCAGUUUGCUUUAAACGUGGAAUUACUGACUCUCAUUUAUUCCUUCAGUGCUACUUCCUUUUCAGUGGGAUACCACGUACUGGGGAUGUUCAAAGCAAAAAGUAUUAUUUUCUGUUGCCGAUUCAACUAUUGAAUUUUUUUCUUGUUGAUGUACCAGAGAGUCCGCUGAAAGCUGCUCGAAAUUACAGAAAAGGUAUCUCUAGCGAUCAGAAAAAGGCUUUGACUGCAUCAAUUCAGGAAAAAAUGUUGUCCAAAUAUUCCUUUGCUUUGAAUGAAGUUAUCGUUCGGAUAAUUAAGGCAGAUGUAGCAAUUCUUGAAGUUGGAAAACUUACAUUUGCAGAUCGAUGA